GUGACAGGCCAAGUUGAUGACGUGAAGGAUAUUGAAACUGUUCAAGUCAAUGGGAAGGAGAGGAAAAAUAUUGAAUUCGAGCUACGAGAUACUAAUGAUGAUCGAAUGCCAUGUUGCUUGUGGGAAAGGUGUGCUGAUCAACUUUGGACAAGCAAACUUCAGAUUACAAAUGCUUUCGAGACAUCCAAGCUAAUGAUUAAUCCUGCUUUACCUGAGGUUACAGAAUUCAUGAAUGCUUUGCCAGAUGAUGGUCUUGCUCUCACCAUUGUUGAGACUCCAAAUGAUGAUAAGAUGGUGAAUAAGAAAGAGUACUGGUCUAACCUGCAACAGAAGACUAUUGAGGAGUUACUAAUUACUUCGGAGGCGUGCAAUGAAAUCGUCACUAAAGUGGAGGCCAAGUUUAAACUACAUUUUAUGGUUAUGGACCAAACUUCAAAGACUAAGGUGAUGCUACUUGAUACGGUCGCUAGCACUAUUGUACCGCAAUCAGCUACAAAACUACUAGGGGGUUCUUUUGAUGAGGUUUCAAUUAUCCACAGCAACAUCGAAGAAAAUUCAAUGACAAGCACUACUCCUUUAAGUAAGCGUUCUUCCGAUGAGUUGGAAAGCUUACCUGAUCUAUCUUCAACAUCGAAGAAGCUCUGUAUAACGUUAGUCAAACAAGAGAAGAUUGAUGGAAAGUUGCCUGCCAGUGAAAAAGAGAUUGUUGUGAUUAAACGUGAAAAGAAUAAUGUGGAAAAGAAAACCAAAAACAGUGACAGUCAGACAAUUCUAGCCGGAACCAAAGAAAAAGAGAAGGAGAAG